AUGCCUCAAAGCGGCAGUAUUGUAGAUGAGCCACCAGGGGGCAGUAUUGAAGAUGAGCCACUAUAUGGCAGUAUUGACAAACCACUACAAGGCAAUAGUGAAGUUAAGCCACUACAGGGCAAUAUUGAUGUUGAGCCACUACAGGGCAAUAGUGAAGUUAAGCUACUACAGGGCAAUAUUGAUGUUGAGCCACUACAGGGCAAUAUUGAUGUUGAGCCACUACAGGGCAAUAGUGAAGUUAAGCCACUACAGUGCAAUAUUGAUGUUGAGCCACUACAGGGCAAUAUUGAUGUUGAGCCACUAAAGGGCAAUAUUGAUGUUGAACCACUACAGGAUGAUGGUUACUUUUCUCAAAUAAACAGUCCAGAGUAUGAGAGACCAGUGCAGUUAAAAUUACUUUGUGGUGCAGAUAUGUUAGAGUCAUUUGCUGUGCCAGGUCUGUGGAAAGAUGAAGAUAUUGAAGAAAUUGUAGGAAAAUUUGGAAUUAUAGUAAUAAGCCGAGCAGGAUCCAAUCCACAAAAAUUUAUUUACGAAUCAGAUGUACUUACAAGAUUAGAGAAUCACAUUGAGAUAGUAACUGAGUGGAUUCCAAAUGAAGUUAGCUCCACCAGAAUCAGAAGAGCACUCAGGAGAGGAAACAGUGUGAAAUAUUUGGUUCCAGAUCCAGUCAUCAAUUACAUCAAGUCUCAUGGGUUAUACCAACAAGAAGAAGAAAAGCAAUGACAUCCACCUCUCAUAGGAUUAAACCAUUGUGUAGCAGGAGUUAAGGCAACUAAACAUGGUGUGAUGCAAGCACUGCUUGGGGCAGUGUACAUUGUGCAUGCAUCUAUCUCAUUGCCAUCAGUGAGAGACAUCAAGAAUACAAAACUUUCAUGUUUUGAUUCAUUGCUGAAUCGAUCUCACAGUUGUCCCUGAUGCAUAGCUUGUGUCAUGUCAGGUGCAAUUACUGUGUUACACAACAUCUGUGUACAACAUUCAAACCUGUGUUAGUGACCACCUUUAUAUAAAGACCACCUGAUUAUAGUGAACACUCGUAGACCAGUUCUAAAGCAUAAUGUAUAGCAACCUGUGUAUAAAGACCAUUAUUAUGUGUUAUGUGACCAUCCUUUCAGCAAUAGUUUUACACAUUUGCCUUUGUUUAGAGACCAAAAUAAUAAUUAGUAGUAUGAUUAUGCGUCAGCAUAGUCUGCGUUAAUGCUCAGCAUUGACGCCUCAGUUUUAAUCAUUUUUACCUCGUUACAUUUAUUUACAUGAACUAUAUUUCGCUUUAGACAUUUACCUUGACAUGUUCGUAUUAUCUAUUUCACUUUCAGUCGUGUCAACCACCUCUUGUAUUUUAUAUAUCACGAGCAACAUCAGUUAUGUACUUUAAUGCCACAACAUAUAUUUAUACCGAUUCCUCGGCUUGCUUGUCGCUGCGCCAUUCCCGGCCAUCUCAUAAUUUGGGGGUUGUCAUCGCAGUGCAUGCGGGCACCACUCGAUUAACACGCUGCCAUUCUUCGUGAAUAGAGUCAAACAUGCGACUCUGUGCACGGUAUCCGCAAUGACGGUCGGGUGGUGACCCCUGCGUUGACUGGCCUCGAUCAAGUACCAUGCUAAUCUCUCCGUGAUGUGAAUCAAAUCUGCGACUCACAUCACGGAACAGGUUCCGGCGACGACGCUUGACCGUGGCUCACACCCCUUCUGCUCUCAGCCAAGACCUGGUCUCUAGCGUCGUUUCUUAGCAUUAAUAGUAUGAUUAUGCGUCAGCAUAGUCUGCGUUAAUGCUCAGCAACGACGCCUCAGUUUUAAUCCCUAACACAUGACUUACGCAACACACGCCAGUCGUAAUCCCCCUGCACAUGACAUCAACGCGUGCCCCUAUUCAUAGGCACGCGACCUUCCAUCCCGUGCACGCCUCGCCCGUGCUAUUUCCAUUCACACGCAUAUUGUAAGCUCAUACUCUCGUGACGGUCAUUUGCCUAAUCCUACUUGCCAUGCAAUCGUCAAGCUUUCCUGUAUCCCACUUCACCUUAGCAUAGUCAUUCUACGUUCAGCAAGCGACCUGAACCCGUCUCCAAGCUAAACCACCCACCCACUACCUCAUAAUUUAAGCAUUCAAAUCCUGCAUCAUUCUGUAUUACAUUUCUACAUUGUUUCAAUAAAGUUAAGGGGGGUUGUCAUCGCAGUGCAUGCGGGCACCACUUGA